GAAAAUCUAGAGAGAGAAAGCUCCAAAUCCCUAGAGAGAGAGAGAGAGAGAGGUAUUUGCAGGAUCCCUCUUGGCGUUUCUCAUUUUCUCGGUAGCCAAACAAGGUGAGGAAAGUAAGAGGAACUGAAGGAAAUUGUGAUCCUCUCUCUCUCCCCAUUUUCUCUGGAAAUAAAUUUGAAAAAAGGGGUUCAUACAGAAACCCUAGCGGACGGAGAUCUCGGAAUUGUUAGGGUUGUCUAAGACGGAGAAUGUACGGAGAGUUGCAAGUGAUGCCGACGGUGGGAGGAGGAGGAGGAAAUGUGGUGACCACCGACGACCUGUUUGCGUCGCCGUCAUCGUCUCCCAUCCAAAACCCUAAUUUCAACUUCAUCCCCUUCAACCCUUUCUGCUCCGUAAUCCCGAAGGAGGAGAAUAACGGGGCGAUGAUGAUGAGGAUGAUGAUGAUGGGAAGUAGCAGUGGGAAAGAGGAGAAGUUGGAGAGUGGGUCGGGAAGCGAACAUGCAGAUGACGACCCCAAAUCCAUCAACGAACAUGACGUCACCACUUCCCAGCUCCAUGACCCUCCCUCCAAGAAGAAACGCUAUCACCGCCACACUGCUCGACAGAUCCAAGAAAUGGAAGCGCUAUUUAAGGAAUGUCCGCAUCCGGACGACAAACAACGGAUGAGACUAAGUCAAGAACUUGGUCUCAAGCCUCGACAAGUCAAGUUUUGGUUCCAAAAUAGACGUACUCAAAUGAAGGCACAACAAGACAGGACGGAGAAUGUGAUGCUAAGGGCAGAAAACGAGAAUCUAAAGACAGAGAACUACAGGCUUCAGGCUGAGCUGAGCAGCCUCUCCUGCCCCUCCUGCGGUGGCCCCGUUGUCCUCGGCGACUUCUCCUUCCAUGAACUCCGCGUCGAAAACUCUCGCCUCCGUGAUGAGCUCGAUCGACUGUGCUGUAUCGCUACGAGAUGCACUGGCCGUCCGAUCCAAUCCGUGCAGACCCCGGUUCAGCCGUCGAUGAAUCCUCCUCCUCUUCAGCAGCCGCAACAACCUUCGUUGGAUCUCGACAUGAGCGUGUACCACAGGAACUUUCCGGGGCCUUCUUGUGCGGACAUGAUGAUGCUUCCUCCCCCGGAUGGCACGGAAUGCUUCUUCCCGGAGAAUAACGAUCUGUUGCUUGCGGAAGAAGAAAAGGUUAUAGCGCUUGAUCUCGCUGUCUCCUGUGUGCAAGAGCUUGUGAAAAUGUGUAAAACGAAUGAGCCUUUGUGGAUGAGAAGGAGUUCCGACAAGGUCGGAGAGGAGAGCUUGUGUCUGAACGCAGAUGAGUACACGAGGUUGUUCCCAUGGCCGUUGGAGGAACAUGACAAAGGAGAUCUAAAGAGAGAGGCCUCGAGGGCUAACGCAGUGGUCAUCAUGAACAGUAUUACACUCGUGGACUCAUUUCUUGAUGCUGAUAAGUGGGCAGAUAUGUUUUGUUCGAUCGUGGCACGGGCUAAGACGGUUCAAAUUAUUUCAUCCGGAGUUUCUGGUGAAAGUGGUUCUCUCGUCCUGAUGUACGCAGAGUUACAAGUGCUGUCUCCAUUGGUUCCGACAAGAGAAGCCUAUUUCUUGAGGUAUGUGGAGCAAAACGCAGAAGAAGGGUCGUGGACCGUCGUAGAUUUUCCGAUCGAUAGCUUCCACAAUAGGAUUCAGCCGGUGACUCCUUUCUACAGGAGGAAGCCCUCCGGCUGCCUCAUUCAGGACAUGCCUAAUGGCUACUCCCAGGUGACGUGGGUGGAGCACACGGAGGUGGAGGAGAAGCACGUUCACGAGACGCUGAGAGAGUAUAUGAAGAGCGGAAUGGCCUUUGGGGCUAACCGUUGGCUCAAUGUGUUGCGGCGUCAGUGCGAGAGGGUGGCUAGUCUUAUGGCUCGAAACAUCACUGACCUUGGAGUGAUACCGUCACCUGAGGCGAGGAAGAACUUGAUGAGGCUGGCACAGAGGAUGAUAAGAACAUUCUGCGUGAACAUAAGCACUUCGUACGGACAGUCAUGGACGGCUCUGUCGGAAUCAGCCCAAGACACCGUCCGAAUCACAACCAGGAAACUGUCUGAACCUGGUCACCCCACCGGCGUUGUUCUCUGCGCCGUCUCCACAACUUGGCUCCCUUUUUCUCACCACCAAGUCUUUGAUCUUCUCCGCGAUGAACGCUGCCGCUCCCAGUUGGAGGUUAUGUUCAAUGGGAAUUCACUUCAUGAAGUUGCUCACAUCGCCAAUGGAUCGCAUCCCGGGAACUGCAUCUCUCUUCUUCGUGUCAACGUGGCGAGCAAUUCAUCACACAACGUGGAGCUGAUGCUGCAAGAGAGCUGCACAGACGAGUCAGGAAGCCUGGUCAUAUACUCCACCGUCGACGUGGACGCCGUUCAACUCACGAUGAGCGGGGAGGAUCCCUCCACCAUUCCGCUUUUACCCCUCGGUUUCUCCGUGGUCCCCGUCAAUCCCUCAGACGCAGACGCAGACGCAGACGCAAACACGGCUUCAUGUCUGCUGACAGUGGGGAUCCAGGUGCUGGCGAGCAGCGUUCCGACCGCCAAACUGAACAUAUCAACAGUCACGACCAUCAACAACCAUCUCUGCUCCACCGUCAAACAGAUAUCUGAAGCUCUCUCCGCCGCCGCCGCCCCACCACCGAAGCAAGAGGGAUGAUGAGUUGGCCGUAUGUUUUUAUGUAGUAUUGUUGUGAUAUUAUCAUCAAAAAAAAAAAAAAAGGAGAGAGAGGAAGUCAAGAGCGCACCACUUGUGACAGAAAAGGGUAGUUGGUUCGGGCAUUGACUUCCUACUUGAGAAUCCAUCCAUCUCCUUCAUGUCCUUUCCUUUGGAUUUUCUUCGUGUCUUUUAAUGUUUCAAGUUUAGUUUAAACAAUUGUGAGAUUCGCAACUAAUUUGGGCCCAAGGUAUUCGGCCCAAUCAGCCCAAAUUAUGGCGAUGGUUGGCUGGCCCAUUGAUAUUUA